UGAGCCACUCUACAACUCCAAGACCCUACGGGGUACUCGUACCUCGGAGCGCCGCGCACUAACGGAGACACGGAUGGAGGCUGAGCGCGCGGAGCCCAGCUGCCAACGUCGGCCGCGGCGCAGUGCAUCUCGGGAGCUCUACAGGACCCGCCCACACAUGCUCGACUGCGAGCCCCGGGUGGGCAUGUGCCAGGACAUGUGCCCGGCCGCCGAGCGCGCCCGGCGGGAAAGCUUCGAGAUGGCGCCGGGGCGCCGCGGGGAACCGCCCCGCGCCGAUCCGCAGCGCGCAGUGAAGGAGUACAGCCGCCCGGCCGCGGGCAAGCCCCGGCCCCCGCCCAGCCAGCUGCGCCCGCCCUCCGUGCUGCUGGCCACCGUGCGCUACCUGGCCGGCGAGGUGGCCGGGAGCGCCGACGCCCCCCGCGCCGAGGUGGCGGGCUUCGUGGCCGACCGCUUGCGCGCGGUGCGGUUGGACCUGACCCUGCAGGACGCGGGCGACGCCGAGGCCGCGGCGGUGCUGGAGGCCGCGCUGGCCACGCUGCUGGCCGUGGUGGCGCGGCUCGGGCCGGAGGAGGCGCGCGGACACGCGGACCCGGUGCUGCUGCAGACGCAGGUGCAGGAGGGCUUCGGGUCGCUGCGGCGCUGCUACGAGCGGGGCGCGGGCACGCACCCCCGCCAGGCCGCCUUCCAAGCUCUCUUCCUGCUCUAUAACCUGGGUUCCACGGAGGCUCUGCGUGAGGUUCUGCAGCUGCCCGCCUCCCUGCGCGCCUGCGCGCCCCUGCGCAGGGCCCUGGCAGUUGACGCUGCCUUCCGCGAGGGCAACGCCGCCCGCCUGUUUCGCCUGCUGCGAACUCUGCCCUACCUGCAGAGCUGCGCGGUGCAGGGCCACGUGGGCCGCGCCCGCCGAGAAGCCCUGGCCCGCUUUGCUCGUGCCUUAAGCACCCCCAAAGGGCAGGCAUUGCCACUGGACUUCAUGGUCCACCUGCUGGCCUUGGAUGGUGCUCACGAAGCCCGGGACCUGUGCCAGGCCCAUGGACUGCCCUUAGACGGAGAAGAAAGAGUUGUGUUCCUGAGAGGCCGCUAUGCCGAGGAAGGGCUGCCUCCGGCCGGUACCUGCCAGGUGUUAGUGGAGAGCAAGCUCAGAGGACGCACCCUGGAGGAUGUGGUCAUGGCAGAGGAGGAGGAGGCUGUGCACAGACCCGGGCCCCCCACGUGAGGGGCCGUGCAGUCUCUCACAGCCUUCGUGUUUCCUUGUUAUUCCCACAUAAUAAAAUGAACUGUUUUUAUAAGGUU